AGCCGAAGCCGGGCGGGGAGGAAGCCACAGAGACCCGGCCAAAAGGCCGGGGGUUAAUUUAGCCAGAAAAAAGGGGGCGGGAAGGGCUGUGGGGCUAACCUGUCAAUUCGCUACCAUGAACGUGGUUUUUGCUGUGAAGCAGUACGUUUCCAAAAUGAUAGAGGACAGCGGACCGGGUAUGAAAGUACUUCUCAUGGAUAAAGAGACGACUGGCAUUGUGAGUAUGGUAUACACACAAUCAGAGAUUCUUCAGAAAGAAGUGUACCUUUUUGAACGCAUUGAUUCUCAAAAUCGAGAGAUCAUGAAACAUCUGAAAGCAAUUUGUUUUCUUCGACCUACGAAGGAGAAUGUGGAUUAUCUGAUUCAAGAGCUCCGGAGACCAAAAUACAGUAUAUAUUUUAUUUAUUUCAGUAAUGUGAUCAGCAAGAGUGAUGUGAAGUCAUUAGCUGAAGCUGAUGAACAGGAAGUCGUGGCUGAGGUUCAGGAAUUUUAUGGUGAUUACAUUGCUGUGAAUCCACAUUUGUUUUCCCUGAAUGUUUUGGGUUGCUGCCAGGGUCGAAAUUGGGAUCCAGCCCAGCUAUCCAGAACAACUCAAGGACUGACGGCUCUCCUUCUAUCUCUGAAGAAGUGUCCCAUGAUUCGUUAUCAGCUUUCAUCAGAGUCAGCAAAGAGACUUGCAGAAUGUGUUAAGCAAGUAAUAACUAAAGAAUAUGAACUGUUUGAAUUCCGGCGGACUGAGGUUCCUCCGUUGCUGCUUAUUUUAGAUCGUUGCGAUGAUGCCAUCACCCCAUUGCUAAACCAGUGGACAUAUCAGGCCAUGGUCCAUGAACUACUGGGCAUAAACAACAAUCGGAUUGAUCUUUCCAGAGUGCCGGGGAUCAGUAAAGACUUAAGAGAGGUGGUCCUAUCUGCUGAAAACGAUGAAUUCUAUGCUAAUAAUAUGUACCUGAACUUUGCUGAGAUUGGUAGCAAUAUAAAGAAUCUCAUGGAAGACUUUCAGAAGAAGAAACCAAAAGAACAGCAAAAACUAGAAUCAAUAGCAGACAUGAAGGCCUUUGUUGAGAAUUACCCACAGUUUAAGAAGAUGUCUGGGACGGUAUCAAAGCAUGUGACAGUGGUUGGAGAGCUGUCUCGGUUGGUCAGUGAGCGGAAUCUGCUGGAGGUUUCAGAAGUUGAGCAAGAACUGGCCUGUCAGAAUGACCAUUCUAGUGCUCUCCAGAAUGUAAAGAGGCUCCUGCAGAACCCCAAAGUGACAGAGUUUGAUGCUGCCCGCCUAGUGAUGCUUUAUGCUCUACAUUAUGAGCGACACAGCAGCAACAGCCUGCCAGGACUAAUGAUGGACCUCAGGAAUAAAGGUGUUUCUGAAAAGUAUCGAAAGCUUGUGUCUGCAAUAGUUGAAUAUGGCGGUAAACGGGUCAGAGGAAGUGACCUCUUCAGCCCCAAAGACGCUGUGGCUAUUACCAAACAGUUCCUCAAAGGAUUGAAGGGAGUAGAAAAUGUGUAUACUCAACAUCAACCUUUCCUACAUGAGACCCUGGACCAUCUCAUCAAAGGAAAGCUUAAGGAAAACCUGUACCCUUAUCUAGGCCCCAACACACUCAGAGACAGACCUCAGGAUAUCGUUGUGUUUAUAAUUGGAGGAGCCACCUAUGAAGAGGCUCUAACAGUUUAUAACCUGAACCGUACCACUCCUGGAGUGAGGAUUGUCCUGGGAGGAACCACAGUGCAUAACACAAAAAGAAAAAUUAGGAUCCUGUAACAGAAUUUGCAUUUCAAAGGAAGAGGAAUCCAGAGGACACUCUUGUUCACUUAUGGGCAUUUCAGGAUCAGUUUUUUAAAAGUGUUGGAACCAUCACCAUCUCCGUAGAGAUUCUAGAGGGAGUUACUUUGCUGCUGUGACCAACGCAUUAAACACCAUUGCAAGAGCUGUGGUGGGGUGUAUUGCCUGUCACUGACAAGCAUUUAUUGAGCACUGAUAACGUGUAAGGUUUUGUGAAAGGCGCUACAAAGAGACAAACAUGGAGACAUGUUCCAUAUUUUUAAGGAUUUCAAUGUCCAAUGGGAAAAUAAGCAUAUAAAUGAAUAAUAAGAUGCUUUUUGAAAAAACUGGAUUUAACCAAGAUUCAAAUCUAGGUCUGUCUCUUGGUUCCAAUUUAUUUGUGCAUUUGGAACAUAUAUUUUUAAAAUUAAAAAUAGCUUUUCACUGCAAAAUCAAUGCAUAAUACUCGUAGGAAAAAAAUUUAAUACAGCUAAGCAAAAAUAAGAUAAUAAAAAUAUCCAUACUGCCACAAUCCCACCAUAGGAAAUGUCAACAUCUUGAUGUAUGUAUAGCCUUUUGGACCUUUUUCUAUUAAUGUAUGCACAUAUAUUUUUAAACAAAAGGACUGUACUAUACAUGUACUUUCAAUGAAAAUUCCAACAUAUGUCAUUUUUAGAGUGACUGAAUAGCAUUCUGUUGUCUGAUUGUGCCCCAAUUUAUUCAACCAACCCUUUUUUGUUCAUUCAGCACUUAUUGAGUGCCUACUGUGUUCCAGGAGCUAUCUUAAGACUACAGUGUUGUGUUACAGUGGUGGAUAAAAUUGUUUGGUAUUAAUUGUUUAUAAUUUUUC